AUGGAUAGGGAGGAGACAAGAAAAAAUAAAUUGAAAAGGGAAUCUGCAGUGUCUAUGGGCUCUGCAAAGCAGCAAAUCCUCGUUGAUUGGAGAGGAAGACCUUGCAAACCCAACAAACAUGGUGGCAUGACUGCUGCCAUCUUUGUAUUAUGCCUUCAGGCAUUUGAAAUGAUGGCGAUUGCAGCCGUUGGGAAUAAUCUUAUAACGUACGUCUUCAAUGAGAUGCACUUCCCUCUCUCAGAGUCCGCAAACAUAGUAACAAAUUUCAUUGGAACUGUUUUUCUCCUCUCCCUUUUUGGUGGCUUUCUCUCUGAUUCUUAUCUUGGCAGCUUCUCGACUAUGUUCAUUUUUGGCUUCGUCGAGCUCUCUGGGUUUAUUUUAUUGGCAGUGCAAGCACAUGUUCCACAACUAAGACCACCAAAGUGUGACAUGAUGUUGAACAAAGGAAAGUGUUUGAAAGUAAAGGGAUACAAAGCUAUGAUAUUCUUUGUGGCACUAUACUUGGUUGCUUUAGGUAGUGGGUGUUUAAAACCAAAUAUAAUUUCUCACGGCGCUGACCAAUUUAAGAAAAAUGAUUCCAAGAAACUUUCUACUUACUUCAACUUUGCCUAUUUUGCCUUCUGUGCUGGGGAGCUUCUUGCUCUAACACUUGUUGUUUGGAUCCAAACUCAUUACGGAAUGGACGUUGGAUUUGGUGUUUCUGCGGCUGCCAUGGUCGUUGGAUUGAUCAUUUUCCUUUCUGGGACACUUGUUUAUAUGAACACACCACCUGGAGGAAGUAUAUUCACACCAAUUGCCCAAGUUUUUGUGGCUGCAAUCACUAAAAGAAAGCAGAUCUGCCCUUCAAAUCUGAAGAUGCUUCAUGGAAGCCGAUGCAUUGUGCCACAGGAUGGCACUCUCAUCCAUACGGAUAAAUUCAGGUUCUUAGACAAGGCAUGCAUCAAAAUAGAAAACGGAAGAAGUACAAGUGAAAGCCCCUGGAGAUUAUGCACAGUGUCCCAAGUGGAGCAAGUAAAAAUAUUAAUCUCAGUUGUUCCCAUCUUUGCUUGCACCAUAAUCUUCAACACAAUCUUAGCUCAACUCCAAACCUUCUCAGUACAACAGGGAACUGUGAUGAACACACGCCUAACCGACAACUUUACCAUCCCUCCAGCUUCCCUUCAGUCCAUACCUUACUUCAUGCUAAUAUUUUUGGUCCCUCUCUAUGAAAUAGCAUUAGUCCCCAUGAUCCGAAAGUUCACGGGGAAUGAUUCAGGGAUCACACCUUUACAAAGAGUUGGCAUUGGCCUUUUUAUUGCAACAUUCUCCAUGGUUUGUGCUGCUCUAGUCGAAAACAAGAGAAGAGACUACGCACUGAACCAGAACAGGAUACUGUCCAUUUUCUGGAUAGUUCCACAAUUCAUUAUUUAUGGGCUAUCAGAGAUGUUCACUGCAGUGGGACUUAUAGAGUUCUUCUAUAAACAAUCACUAGAAGGGAUGCAGUCUUUCUUAACCGCCAUGACGUAUUGUUCCUAUUCAUUUGGAUUUUAUUUGAGCUCCAUAUUAGUUUCAUUAGUUAACAGAAUAACCUCUACAUCUUCUUCAGGUGGAGGUGGAUGGUUAAAUGAUAAUGACCUCAACAAGAAUAGGCUAGAUCUUUUUUAUUGGCUACUGGCUGCUCUUAGCCUCGUUAACUUCAUUAAUUAUGUUUUCUGCUCCAAAUGGUAUUCCUAUAAUCCAUCUCUGUUACCUGUUGUUCCAUUACAUGAGCCACAAGCACAAGGACAUGACUCUGAGAAUCCAAAUUGAGGUGUAUGUAAUUGAGAAUUAAGCUACUAACUAUA